AUGUGCGACAUGGGUGGACUGGACAACCUGGUGGCCAACACAGCCUACCUGAAAGCACAGAGUCUAGACGACAAGGAGAUGAGGAAACGAAGGCGUAGCCUAAUUCUUCCCCAACUUGAGAGUUGUACAGAGGUGCGUGCAACUAUUCCCAAGGACUUUGAGGACAUCUGUGAGCAGCAACCCAUUGGGAAAACAUGCUUCCGACGGUUCCUUUUAGCCUCCAGUCCAGAAUACCUAGCCGCUGCAGAGUUUCUGGAUGACUUGAAUGACUGGAAUUUGGCAGAGGCCGGUGCUAAAGACAAAGCCAGGCAGAAUAUCAUUAACAAAUUCUGCAAAGCUGAUUCCAAGAGUUUCAUAGCUUAUCUGACAGAGGACAUGGCGGAAAAGUGUAAAGUUGUGUCUGAGAAGGACUUUGAGGAGGUAAUGAUGGGACAGGUUAAAGAAGCCACACAGGAGUUUCUAAGAGGAAAACCUUUCAUUGAGUAACAGACCAGCCCGUUCUUUGAUAGAUUUGUGCAAUGGAAGCAAUUCGAGAAGCAGUCCAUCUCUGAUAAAUAUUUCUAUGAGUUCAGAACUUUGGGGAAAGGAGGAUUUGGAGAGGUGUGUGCUGUUCAGGUCAAACACGCGGGCCACAUGUAUGCCUGCAAGAAGCUAGACAAGAAACGUCUGAAGAAAAAAGGAGGUGAAAAGAUGGCUCUGCUGGAGAAAAAAAUCUUGGAGAUGGUAAACAGCCUGUUUCUGGUAAACCUGGCCUACGCGUUUGACACGACAACCCACCUGUGUAUGGUCAUGACUCUGAUGAAUGGAGGGGAUCUGAAGUACCACAUCUACCACACUGGGGAGAUUGGCAUUGAGAUGGAGCGCAUCAUUCACUACACAGCCCAAAUCAUCACUGGUAUCCUGCACCUUCAUGCGAUGGAUAUUGUGUACCGGGACCUGAAGCCAGAGAAUGUCCUACUGGACAGUCAAGGCCAGUGCAGGUUGUCAGACUUGGGUCUAGCCGUGGAACUACCAAACGGGAAAACCAUCACUCAAAAGGCUGGCACCAAAGGGUACAUGGCGCCAGAGAUCCUGAAGCAGGAACCGUACCGUACGUCAGUGGACUGGUGGGCCUUGGGCUGUAGCAUCUAUGAGAUGGUGGCUGGCCGUCUGCCUUUUAGAGGUCACAAAGAGAAGGUUACUAAAGAAGAGAUAGUAAGGAGAACUCUAGAAGAUGAGUGCAAAUUUGAACACAAAAAUUUUGACGGCCCCUCAAAGGACAUCAUCGGUCUUUUUCUGAAAAAGAACGUUGAAGACCGCCUUGGCUGCAAGGAUGACCCUCGGAAACAUGUGUUCUUCAGAUCCAUCAACAUCCCUCGACUAGAGGCGGGGCUUAUUGCACCUCCAUGGGUACCCAAACCCAACGUUGUGUACGCUAAAGACACGGGCGACAUUCGAGACUUCUCUGAGGUUAAAGGGGUUGAAUUUAAUGCCAAUGAUGAGAAGUUUUUUAAAGAAUUCAGCACAGGAGCAGUCCCAAUUCCAUGGCAACAGGAGAUGAUUGACAGCGGACUCUUUGAUGAGCUUAACGACCCAAACAGGAAGAAAGUGGGACUGGAUGAUGAUGAUGAGCAAAAAUCCAAAUCUUGCACUCUUCUGUGA